AUGGGUAUGACAACCGGCUUCCUCGGAGGCUUCACCCUCACGUCAGCCAUCCUCUACCUCUCCAUCUCCCUGCACGCGCAAAACCGCGCAACACAAGCCGCUCUCCUGCGCCAGCAACGCAACGUCCUGACCAACUUCUACGAACCAAAGCAGCCCGAGGCCGAGCCCAGGGCACGGGAAGUACCGGUCGGGCUGGCAGAGAUGGCCAAGGACAGGUGGAACAGGGUCCUGGAAGAGUCGGUGCAGAAAGUGUACAACACGGAUUGGAGAAGGGUCAGGGAGAGCGCCGAAGACAGGCUCAGCACAGUUGCGCAGAAGCUUAGGGAGAGUGGGAAAUGA